AUGGCCUCUACCCGCAGCAUCCGCCGUACUUGUGCUACCGCCGAACCAGAAGCAACAAACACCAGUGAAGAAAACCGUGAAACGCGCACCCCUGCCACUGAAAGUGCGCAACAAGCAUCAACCUCUCCUAUGGAACCAGACUCUGAGCAUAGUUCAGAAGGGGACACCUCUUCUGAAGAUCUGAAUGCAAUCGAGGCCGAGAAGAUAGCUGUGACUAGGAGAAUUAAGAAGUUACAGGCUGAAAAGGAAUUGCGAGAACUCCAACACCGGUGCAAUACUUUACUGCAAGAAUUGGAUGAAACCAUCCCAGCCACCCGAAAUACACUCGAAGCGCAUCCGAACCAUGGUAGAGACGCAACUAGCGUGAAUUGUAACCGCGAAAACGCCACAAGCAUCCUCGGACCACCGGAGCCUACGCUACUAGCGCCCAACACCUUAGUGGAAAGCGCCGUGACUACUGUCAGUGGGAGACGUAGUCGGGUACCACUUUGGCAAUUAGAACUUCGAGAUCCCGGCAUGAGCGGUCACCCUCCUCGGAGAGAUGUGGAAAAGUUCCGAGGCCAAAGCAUGAAAGAAUUUGAAAACUUUGUUACAGCUGCUAUCGCUUUCCAUGCCAGUGAUCUUGAUUAUUACAACGAACACGACCAUCGGAAGGUCAUCGAAGCCGUCACUCAUUUCAAUGUCGAGAUGCAACAACGUUGGUAUCAACAUACACAUGAUAUGCGGAUUUUGCCACCAUGGGAAGAAUUUGUUAGCUGGAUGCAAUGUCAAGUCACCGAUCCAGAUAAAAGUUUCCGAGAUGCAGAUAGACAGUACUGGAAAACAGAGCAACAAGAAGAUCAGACAGUUCAACAAUUUGCUUCACAUUUACAAUCAAUUGAAGGGCGUCUGCGGCAUUCUUAUAGCGAAUACCAUCGGAAAUCACACCUCUAUAUGAAAGUUCUACCUUCCAUUCGCCGAGAAUUUGACAAAUAUGCAACCAAACUAGAAGAGUUAAGCUAUGAUGCCACUCUUCACAAACUUGCAAUGGCAGAAUCAAAUCUGCCAGAAAGACGGAAGAAACUUAAAGAGAAGUCAAACUUCAGAAACCCUACUCAAAGCUUUAACAACAGAAAUAAUGCUGCUCGCAAUGCAACUAUAAGCGCGGAAAGUCGAUGCAAAAAUGCCUUAAGUUUCACUGUCACAGUGGAAAUCACUACGCCUAAGAGUCUGCAAAAAGUGCUUGCACUAGUAGACUCUGGGUCAGAAGUGAACUGUGUCGAUGAAUUUUGGGCAAAAGACCACAAUCUAGAAGCUGCUCACCGCAAAACCAAGAUGGUCAAAUCGAUUGAUGGAUGCAUAAUGCGCUCCUUUGGAGAGUAUAACAUUGCAACCACUGUCACUGAUCACAAGGGUAAUGCACAGCAGACAUCUCAUUCCUUCCAUGCGAUGAAAAUGAAGGACUACAAUCUUGUGUUAGGAUUUCCUUGGUUAAAACAAACAAAUCCUCUUAUAGAUUGGUCAGAUGGACAAUUCUUCUUCAGAAGCUCUGGAGAUGAACAACAGCCUCAAAUUAUUUCUGAACAAGAUGUUUUAGCUGAAGUUCUCACCGGAGCCAGAGUAGGAAUGCUUGUAGUAUUACCUACAGAAUGUUCAAAAGACCCAAAGCAUGCUCCACGCGUAUUCUCGGCUGCAUAUUCGGACUUGCCGACCGGCCUACCCGAUUAUGUUAUGCCAUACGCGCAUAUCUUCUCAGAAGAAGCUGCUAUAAGCGCGCAAAGACCAGAAGAGGCGGAACACCGCAUAGAUCUCGAGCCUGGUGCGCGACCUCCAUUCAUGCCGAUAUACAACCUCUCUGAAACUGAGUUAGCUGCCCUAAGAGAAUAUUUAAAGAAUGCAUUAGACAAAGGGUGGAUACAACCGUCCAGUAGCCCGGCUGGUGCACCAAUUCUCUUUGUCCCCAAGAAAGAUGGUGGACUCCGUCUUUGUGUAGACUAUCGAGGGUUAAAUCGAAUCACCAUCAAAAAUCGAUACCCUCUACCUCUAAUAAGUGAAUUACUUGACAGGCUCUCAAAAGCCAAGGUAUUCACUAAGCUGGACCUUCGAGAUGCCUACCCCCGCAUACUUAUAGCGGCAAAAGACCGUUGGAAGACAGCCUUUAGAACGAGAUAUGGACAUUUUGAAUAUGUAGUUAUGCCAUUUGGAUUAGCUAAUGCUCCAGCGACAUUUCAAGCAUACAUUAACAAUGCCUUGUCUGAUUUGUUGGAUAUAUGUUGCGUUGUUUAUUUGGACGACAUUCUCAUAUUCUCCAAUUCAAAGCAGGAACAUAAAGUGCAUGUUACUAAGGUGCUAGAACGUCUCGAGCGUGCGAAUCUAUUUGCAAAACUCUCUAAAUGUGAGUUUGAAGUGGACAAAGUCUCGUUUCUGGGUCUUUCUCCUCUAUUGCAGCCCCAUUAUUCGAAACUUACAAAAGGGAGCAAGAAAGGGGAAAGAAAAGCCACUUUUAUGUGGACAGAAAGUGCCCAAAGCGCUUUCAAUGAGCUCAAAUCGCGCUUUAUGCGUGCUCCUUUAUUAGCUCAUUUUGACCCAGCUCGGCGUAUUCAGAUUGAACCUGAUGCGUCCACUUUUGCAGUCGCUGCUAUCCUGUCACAAUUGCAGGAUGACGGGCACUGGCAUCCAGUUGCCUUCUGGUCAAGAAAGUUGAUUGAUGCGGAAACGCGUUAUGAUACUCAUGAUAAAGAACUCUUGGCUAUUGUAGCAGCAUUUAAGAAUUGGAGACACUAUCUGGAGGGAAGCCAGUAUCCAAUUCAAGUCUGGUCUGAUCAUGCCAAUCUGCAGUACUUUAUGACGACUAAGGAACUGAACAGACGUCAGGCCAGAUGGGCGGAAGCUUUAUCUGCUUAUGAUUUUGUAUUACUGCACCGCCCUGGAUCAAAGAAUCCAGCUGAUGGGCCCAGUCGUCGCGCAGACUACAGUGAGGCCUAUAAUGGCCAAACUAUGUUACCUACCCUGCAACAGAAACUGAAACAUGGAGUUAAGCUAGGCUGGGAAGCUGAUACUUCUUUUCAAAAUGAUAUUUCUUCUGAUGUAGUCUGUGCACGGGUCUCUAAUGAGCAAAAUGCUCCUUUUAAUGAGCGAAAAGCGCUCCAUACGUCGACGUCUUAUACCUCUCGCGUAAACUCUUCCCCUCUGAUGCGCGUUGAGCAAUAUAUGCCCCGGAUUGCAGUCAAUAAGGCUAUUCUUGGGGACUCAGCAUAUACAGAAAUGCCUGAAUCCUUCACCUCAUUUCUGAGUAAAGCACAGAAGAUUGAUUCUUUUGCUGCUGAGCAAAGAGAGAAGGUAAAAGAGAAGGGUAUGACUGUUGCUGAAAAUAUGCUAUGGACAAUUUCUGAGGAUGAUAUAUUGCGUGCUGAUGGUCGCGCAUAUGUCCCUCAACAAAAGGCACUCAUUGAUGAAAUUAUCAGUGCAAACCAUGAUGAUCCGCAGGGGGGUCACUUUGGUAUAAAAAAGUCCAUAGACAGCAUCCAGGACAAAUACUAUUGGCAUGGGCUAGUCAGGGAUGUCAAAGAUUAUAUAUCCACUUGUGAUACUUGUCAAAGAGUUAAGCCAAAACGGCACAGACAAUAUGGAGAGUUGGGUACAAUUCCCUUACCAUCAAAUCCUUUUGAAUCCAUUACUAUGGAUUUUAUUACAGGCUUGCCAGCCUCUCUCUACAUUCCUCCACCAAACCUACGAUGCGAUUUUAGUGAUUGUGGAUAUAUAUACCAAGUUUACGAUCUAUAUUCCUUGCACCAAAAACAUUACAGCGGAUGA